GUGUGUGUGUGUUUGUGUGUGUGUGUGUGUGUGUGUGUGUGUGUGUUUGUGUGUGUGUGUGUGUGUGUGUGUGUGUGUGUGUUUGUGUGUGUGUGUGUGUGUGUGUGUGUGUGUGUGUGUGUGUGUGUGUGUGUGUGUGUGUGUGUGUGUGUGUUUGUGUGUGUGUGUGUGUGUGUGUGUGUGUGUGUGUUGUGUGUGUGUGUGUGUGUGUGUGUGUGUGUGUGUGUGUGUGUGUGUGUGUGUGUGUGUGUGUGUGUGUGUGUGUGUGUGUGUGUGUGUGUGUGUGUGUGUGUGUGUGUGUGUGUGUGUGUGUGUGUGUGUGUGUGUGUGUGUGUGUGUGUGUGUGUGUGUGUGUGUGUGUGUGUGUGUGUGUGUGUGUGUGUGUGUGUGUGUGUGUGUGUGUGUGUGUGUGUUUGUGUGUGUGUGUGUGUGUGUGUGUGUGUGUGUUUGUGUGUGUGUGUGUGUGUGUGUGUGUUUGUGUGUGUGUGUGUGUGUGUGUGUGUGUAUGUGUGUGUGUGUGUGUGUUUGAGAGAAAGAAAGCGAGACGCACUCAAUAAUUCAUUCUCAGUUAACACUCUGCACUGAUGUUAUCUGAAGGUGAGCUGCUCAGGAGACCUUCAACUUCUACAAACAAACUGACUUUCAUCUCAGACAUCAUGGAGUUAUCACUGGCUCAUCCUGCGGUGAAAGCAUUUAUGUGCGGAUCUCUGAGCGGGACGUGCUCGACACUGCUCUUCCAGCCACUUGACCUGGUGAAGACCCGCCUCCAGACCCAACAGAACAUCCUGCCUGGGUCAGGUCGGGUGGGCAUGGUCACAGUCUUUGUAAAUGUGCUGCGCACGGAGAAGCUGAUUGGACUGUGGAGGGGCAUGUCACCUUCAUUUGUGCGCUGUAUUCCAGGAGUUGGGAUCUACUUCAGCACAUAUUUCACCCUAAAGCAGCGUUUUUUCGGUGAUGGGGCCCCGGGUCCUCUACAUGCGGUGCUUCUGGGAGCUGGAGCCAGAAGUGUUGCAGGAAUCUGCAUGCUGCCCAUCACAGUCAUCAAAACACGCUUUGAGAGUGGCCGUUAUAACUACAGCAGUGUUGCUGGAGCGUUGCGGUGUGUUUUUCGGACCGAGGGUCCGAGGGCUCUGUUCUCUGGUCUCACAGUCACUCUGCUCAGAGACGCUCCAUUCUCGGGAAUAUACGUCAUGUUCUACAGUCAGGCCAAAAACACACUGCCACAAGAGGUAGUUCAGUCAUCAUACGCUCCGCUGGUGAACUUCAGUUGUGGGGUUCUAGCAGGCGUUUUGGCGUCUGUUUUGACUCAGCCAGCUGAUGUGGUGAAAACUCACAUUCAAGUGAGUCCAGAUGUCUUCAGGUGUAUGUCAGAUGUGGUGCGAUACAUUUACAAGGAACACGGGUUGGUUGGAUUCUUCCGUGGCGCGGUUCCUCGCUCUCUCAGGAGAACUAUGAUGGCGGCGAUGGCGUGGACAGUGUACGAGCAGCUGAUGGCUCAGAUGGGCCUGAAAUCCUGAGACAGAUCCAAACGAAACAUAAAAAGAACAUGAACUUCAGUAAAGCAGAAGCUCACACAAGUUCUGUCUAAUGUUCCAGAGUUUGACUGGGCUGAGAUUCAUGAGUCAGGAGAUCCGCACCAGAAAACACGGAGAAAAAACAUGCUGUUUGUUCGAUUCUCAAACACAUUGAAAUGAACUAUAAAAAACAGAUUUUGAGCUGUUAAAUGCACUUUAUAAUCUGAUCUCUACUUCUCUCUUGAGUUUAUAACAAAAUUAUACUAGAAUGCGUUUUAAUAAUGCGUCUUUACGGUUUGCACCGCCAGGCUUUGGGUUAUGAACUUUUCACACUGACAUCGGUUUAAUAAUCUUCAGUUUGCGUUUACGGUUUUAAUACGUUUAGGAGUUUUAAAAAUUCGAAUGCAUACAGUUGUGAUUGACAAGCCAACAGUAUACAGCACGCUGCUUAUACAGUAAAAUAAAAUAUUACAAUUGUCUUGUUAAUUUGAUGUUAUAGGGAGGAGAAAAGACCAGUCUUUUAUAAAAAAAACAAAUUAUUUCACAUUUUUCCUCAUCUUAUUUAGCAGUCUACCUGAGGACAUACCGUAGACAUCUAUUGUUCUUAUAUACAAAGCUAAUUUUAAAUAGUACAGACUAACACCUAAAAAAAAAAAAGAAAUAAAAUAAAACAUUAUUUGAGUCAUUUUAAUCCUUGAGAAUGGCACCAAAGUUACGUUUUGUCAGAUUUAGUUCACUGCUAGAGACAAUUUAGUCCUCUAGUAAUUAAAGCAAGCAAGUCCACCCCCCCCCCCCCCACACACACACACACACACACACAUACACAACCAAAAUGUAUACCAUGAUCAAUGGAAACAUGUAAAUGAUUCACACUGCAACCUUCUCAAUGUUCAAGCCAAAUCUCCGCCCUUGGCUGCAUUAAACACACAGAGAAUGCACUAUGAAUGUACUAAGUCGCUCUGGACAAAAGCAUCUGCCAAAUGCAUGAAUGUAAAUGCAAACAUGUUUUUAUAUUAAUCAGGCUUUGAGAGGAAUCCUUUUUUCCCAGUCUGGCAGAAUAUUUCACAGUGUUUUAUGUGAAUGAGGAGCAGAUAAGAUAACCUGCAGUCUGUGUGAACUUUCUUACGCAAAACACUUUAAACGGAGUUCAAAGAGAGUAAUUAAAUGCAUUAAAAUAUUAUGAAUAUAUGUGGCAUGUUGAAGUUGUUUAAUACUUGAAUCAUUUGUUUUUUUUUGUUUGAGACAUGUUUGAAAUAGCUGAUGGUUAAUUGAACUAUGGUCUUUUGCAUCAUCGUAGAUUUUGUACUCAAUAAAGAAUAUCUUU